AUGACAAAUGCAGGUAAGAUUGGUUUAAGAUAGACUUUAAGUUUUUUGGGAUAUCGAGUAUACCAUAACGAUUGUCAACAAUAACAUUUUUUUUAUUUAAUUUUGUCAUAACAUUUUUCUAUUUAUAUUAGGGUGAAAUCAGGUUUGAAAAAGAGACUGCACGGUGCAUAGUUUUAAAUUAGGUAAAUUGCACAGUUUUCUUGAAACCUUUUGUCAUGGUAUUUAAAGUCUUACUCUGUAAUCCCUCAACAUCGUGCAACUUUAGACAUAAUUUCCCCCAACUUUGUCGCCCCCACAUCAGAAGCGCUGCGCAAACGGACGGCGAUCGUUCCGUAUUCAGAAUACGAAAAGGAAACCGAGAAGCAGCAUCACCAGCUCUUCUCCAGCACCACUGCCAAGAACGACGACUCGGUCGUGCUGUACUUGCCACCGUUCGAGCGUGCCCGAGGGAACGAUGUCGCUGAAACGGAUGCUUUAUCUGACAGGUGAGGGCGGUCAUGGGGAAAGAACAAGAUCUAGGUCAUCCGAUUUGUCCUUUUCGAAAGCGAAAGUGGAGAAUAAAUCUUCUUUCAGGUCUUCUGAGUCAAAGCAAACAAACCCUCGAGGAACAAAUUAUUCCACCAGCAACAGGCGCAACCCGCUACCGUACAAGAAGUCAAUGUAAGCACAGUUUUACUGUACCUCGAAAUUAAAUCAAGAGAAUUUUAAUUAAAAAAAUACAGAAUUGACACAUAUUAUUGAAACAUUUUUCAGAUUCCGACCAAAAACAAUACAAGUACCAAAGGAUACGGAGCCACGGUUCCAAGCGAAUCGCGCCCACAAGUACCAAAUGCCAGAUGAAGUGAUUGAAAAGUCCCCACCUCAGAACCAAGCUUCCAAAACAGAACUAGACCAGUUGCAGUUGUUCAACAACGAACUUGUUGAUCUUCCCGUCUACAAAAACGUUGAACCAGCUCCAUUUCCGCCCUUGUCGUCAAAACCCUCAAAUAACAUCGUCGAGAGCAUCUUCACCCAAUCACAAUCCAAUCUCAGACAUGCACCUCCAACAUCGUUUGUUGGUCUUCAGCCUCCCAUCAGUCCCGUUAACCCUAAUGUCAUACCCACUCCUCCAGUAGACGCCCUGACUCCGCUAGCUGCAUUAUUAGGAGGAACAGGGGGUGGAUCACCUUUGGAGACGAUUUCAAAGUUGGCUAGGAAUCUCUUGGCAUCUCCGAACAGCAAAGAUUUGUUCAGUUCGAUGACAAAAGCUCUCGGAACAUCGACAGCAGCUGAGGGAUCCAAGUUGAGCAGUUCAGCGAUCGGAGAAAGUUCCAAGUUGGGCGUGGAAGAAACCUUGUUCUCGAGUGUGAAGGACGAGGAGAAAAACGGUAAAUUCUUGCGAUUUAGCUACAAAAAUAAAAUAAAUUUUAACAAAAAUAGUUUUUUUCUCUUUUUCCUACGAAAAUUCGACUAAUUUCAAUUUUAGGCACAGAAUCCGUGAUAGAAGACCCAGAGAAGCUUCUGAAGGAAGCGAUAGCUAACGGUGAACUCGAUCCAGCAACCUUUUUGCCAAGUAAAACUGUAAAGCCAUCGGCCAAAAUAGUAGAUUGGAUACAGCAGAAUCGACCGAAACAAAGUGUUCUCACAGCCAAGGACAAACUACCGUACUACGGAAAGUACUGUGGCAGUUUCAUUGAGAAUCUGAAGUUGAGUAGCUACAACGUGAGCGGAGCUUUGUGGUCAAUAGAUGAGAAACGACUUCUAGUCUCCAAAUUCCACUUUAAGCCGACUUCUGGAAGUGGUAAGCUCUUGGUAUACAUGAUAUUGCUUUAUUGUGGUAUUCUAUUUCGUUACUAAAAGUUACCAUUACUUGGUUCAUCUUCAGACAAUGUUACCUUUUGGAUCGGACCAGCUGUACCCUCAAAUACAGAAGCUGACAUGAUGCCCUCUGAUAACGGAGUGUAUGUUACAGCCGAGCCUGUAGACAUACGAUCCUUUGUCACUAUUGAAGUUGAGGUAAGCUAGAAGUUCUAGGAUAUUAUAACAGUUUUCGCAAUAAAAUCAAUUUGCAAUUAUGUUAAAAAACAGCAAUAAUUUGACAUAUUAAUAAUUCAGGAAAUGGAAGCCAAGAUACGCAAAGAUACGACUGCGAUAACUGAAACUGCAGAAGCCGAAGAAGAAGACGGCACAACCAAAAAUACAGUACGACGAAUGAAGAGAGACGGUAACACAACAUUCCCCCUGAACUUUGUAGCCAAGACUGAUGGAAACAACAAUGUAAACUUGUCUUUCAAGGUGUGUUUUCAUUUUUUCCAAAAAAUAUUAAAAUUAUUCUGGUAGAGAGAAACUUAACUCAUUCGAAAAUUAUUUUUGUGUUUUGCGAUUUUACCAUUAUAUUUUACCAUACAAACGUAAAGUGACAUUAAUGUCGUGUAUCUAUAAUUUUACUUUGUUUUUAACAGAUGCCAUUGCAAGACGCUCCAGAAUCUCAGAUCACUAUGAAGCCACUUGAUUGGUACGCUGGCAUACAACCUAUGUUGAUCACUUUACCUGGGCAAUACACCUUGAAGAACAUCAACUGGAUAUCAGUAUACGAUCACAAAGCUCACGAUCAAGGUGCUAUGGUGCUACUGCCAACAGAUUUACAGUUUCAGAUACCUGCGACUGUAACUCUUCGACCACUUACUCCGAAUGGUCCUUUUCAGAUAUCUUCUGGCAAGAUACGAGUAAGUUUGAAUCAGCUAUACAUGUAUUAAAACAUACGUUUAUUGGAUGUUAACGUUUGUCAUAUUAUCGUAUGAUAUUUAUGAAAAAAGGUCAAAAUGUUUAUUUUGAUAAUAGAAAGUAGAAGCGUAUUAUUUUAGCUUUUGAACACAAAGACGAUUGAGAUCCAGAACUUCACAUUGACAACCAAAGGCGUACCAACUUGGUUUAUGGUCGGCAAAGACAUUUUACCACACAAAGGAGGCGACAUUUUACCAGUAUUCAACAGGUAUUACCUAAAUUGAUAUUCAGAAGCACAUACUCAUUAAGUUAGACAUAACUGUAUGUAUAACAUACUAAACGAUCCAUUUUAAUUUAGGGUAUUUUAAAUUAAAACUAUAUUGUUUUAGCACGUCACUUGAAUUCGAUUGUACGUCGCUGAGAGAUUACAACAACGAAACAGUAACUCUUCGACUACCAGGCUCUCUCAAUAUGAAGGAUGUGUUCUGGUUCUCGGUUUUCUCGAUUACAAAGACGACUUCUUAUGCUCACAUUUACUUGCCGUACAACGAUCUUCAACUACCUCCUGAUCUUCUCGGUGUUGUGGUAAGUUUACGUUUAUUUAUUGAUAUUUAUGCUAUAGAGCACAGAGAUUUGAGUAUAAUACAAGCCUUAUAUUUUAUCUUUUUGUAAUUUUUUGCUAUUUUGUAGAAGUUUGUGUAUUUUCUUUCUGAUUGUAAAAUUUCGUAUAACACAUAACAUCACGAGAUUUUACUUUCCCAACACAACAACAAACUUAAGAUAACACUUUCAGGCGCCCAGGUGUGCCUACAAAACGUAG